AUGCUUCAGGCUCCUUCACUCGGUCCCCCAUACGCAUUCCGUCGAAAAUACUUGACACUUGACUCCACCCCGCAUAUCGAAAACAAGCCCGUGCACGACGUCUCAUACCUUACCCCAGCCCAAAUCCCCAACCUCCCCGGAUCGGCAGAAAACCAACGAUCGGUCGGCAGCCAGCACUCGAAGCGGCUCCAGCCUUUCGCUAUCCUGGGCGUGACAUUCCACAACCGAAUUGGACUAUCUUCGCUUUGUCAGCACAACGCCGAGGGCCAUAUAACCAACUGGCACAUGGCCCAUCUAGACGGAAUAACACAACGCAGGCCCGGUCUGUUAAUGGUGGAGGUGACUGCCGUGCAAGUCAACCGUUGCAUCAUGCCCAAAGACCACAGGCCCUGGAAGGAGUAG